AUGGCUCGCAUGGGGAGGUUAGGCUUCCUCGCCGUGGCAGUAGCCUUUCAUUUGAUAUAUGCCUACUCAAUUUUUGACAUAUACUUUGUCAGUCCGAUUGUCAGUGGCAUGCGCGAGUACAGCGUAGCACACCAAAAAGAAGCUCCAGCAAAACGACUCGUCCUCUUUGUCGGUGAUGGAUUGCGAGCAGACAAGGCUUUCCAGUACUUCCCCAAUCCCUCCCCUGGCGCCGAACAAGAGCCCGACUGGCAAGAACCGCGUCCCCUUGCUCCCUUUUUGCGAUCGCGCGUUCUCGAGCAUGGCACGUUCGGUGUGUCGCAUACUCGUGUCCCUACCGAGUCUAGACCUGGUCAUGUCGCCCUCAUUGCUGGCUUAUACGAAGAUGUUUCUGCCGUCGCCACGGGUUGGAAGCUAAACCCUGUCAAUUUUGACAGCGUCUUCAAUCGUAGCCGUCAUACCUGGAGCUGGGGUAGCCCCGAUAUUCUGCCCAUGUUUCAAGAGGGCGCAGUUCCUGGUCGAGUGGAUGCAUUCAUGUAUGGUGCUGAAGAGGAGGACUUUAGCAAAGAUGCACUCCACUUGGACACUUGGGUUUUUGAAAGAGUAGAAGAAUUGUUUGCAAGCGCCAGUCAGGAUUCCGAACUGAAUCAACGCCUGAGACAAGACAAGAACGUCUUCUUCUUGCAUCUUCUGGGCUUGGACACUACGGGACACUCGUACCGCCCCUACUCUCGAGAGUAUUUGCACAACAUCAAGGUUGUCGAUGAAGGCGUCCAAAAGAUUACCGCUCUGAUUGACGAUUUCUACGCCGAUGAUAAGACUGCCUAUGUCUUCACUGCCGAUCAUGGUAUGAGUGAUUGGGGAAGUCAUGGUGAUGGACAUCCAAACAAUACCAGAACCCCAUUGAUCGCCUGGGGCUCUGGAGUCGCCAAACCCGUCACCGUAUCCUCUGGUCUAGCUUCUGGCCACGAGGAUGGUUUCUCUUCUGAUUGGCAUCUCGAUCACGUCCAACGCAACGAUGUCGCUCAAGCAGAUAUUGCUACUCUCAUGGCAUACCUUGCUGGUCUUCCCUUUCCUGUCAAUUCGGUAGGUGAGUUGCCAUUGGCCUUUUUAUCGGCCGAUGAGCAGACCAAGGCUCAAGCAAUGUUGGUGAAUGCUCAAGAAAUCCUCGAGAUGUAUCGCAUCAAAGAACACCAAAAGAAGACUACCGUGCUUCGCUACAGGCCUUUCCCAGGCUUUGCCGAUGAUCAACAUUCUCCGGAUCAUCGUCUAGAUGCCAUUCAAAGUCACAUCAGCCAGGGACAAUAUGAGCAGGCAAUUCAAGACUCUGACGCUCUCAUGAAGAUGGGUUUACAGGGAUUGAGAUAUCUUCAAACCUAUGACUGGCUCUUUUUGCGUGCUCUAGUCACCUUGGGAUAUCUGGGCUGGAUGGCAUUUGCAUUCACCUUUGCUCUGGAUCAACACGUCUUUAAUGGAGAGGUUGACGCGAGUCGAUCAACAACGACUACGACCGUCUUUUCUAGCAUCUUCGUUGCACUGCUUGCCUUGUUACUCGUUCAAUCCUCUCCAUGGACUUACUAUGCAUAUGCAUUCUUUCCAGUCAUGUUUUGGGAGGAGGUAGUUGCCCGUCGUCAGGUGCUCUCACAGGCCAAAGCUGUCUUUUCUCAACAGCUCUCUGGCAAGGAUUUCUUGAGCCUCGGAUUCAAUCUGCUCGUCUUUGUUGGAGUUCUCGAGAUCAUGGUUCAGAGUUAUUAUCAUCGAGAGAUGUACACAGUCUGUUACCUCUUGGCCAUCUUCUGGCCCAUCUCAUACGGACCCAGAUUCUUGCGUCAAAACUGGGUCAUUUCUGCCACAUGGGCAUUGGCAUGUGCUUCCAUGAGCGUCUUUACCGUUUUGCCUGCCCUGAAGGUCGAAGACGCUCGAUUGAUCUUCAUGGGCGGCUCUCUCAUGCUCUUGGUUGGUGUUCUAUAUAUCGCCUUCGAGAAGAGUGUACUCGUUACAACUGGAUCGACCCAAUCUGGUCUCGCUGCACCAAAGGCAGACAAGGUUUCUAGAAUUCUUACUGGUGUACAAAUUGGCCUUGUUGGAUUGGCAAUGAUUGUCACACGUUCAAGUGUAGCUUCGUUACAGGCCAAGACUGGUUUGCCCCUGGGUGCUCAGGUCACUGGCUGGAUAGUGCUGGUAUCGUCUCUGAUCUUGCCUUUUGCCCACUCGUUCUCGCCCAACAACCACUAUCUUCAUAGAUUAAUGGUCGUCUUUCUGGCAUUUGGUCCAAUGUUCAUCAUCCUAACCAUCAGCUACGAGGGCUUAUUCUAUUUUGCCUUCAGCUGCACCUUGAUCACUUGGGUCAGGCUCGAACACCGCAUCUACCGCGCCUUCACGAACAAAGGUUCUCUAUCUCCACCCACAAGCCCCGUCUCCGAUCUCAACCCUUUGGCACCUGCCUUGGCAGCAUCUACAGAUCGUGCGACUGCUCUUGGGAAGCACGAAUAUCGCUCCUUAACCUUGGCCGACGCUCGCAUCGCUCUAUUCUUCCUCUACCUGCUGCAAUCCGCCUUCUUUAGCACAGGAAAUAUUGCUUCGGUAUCUUCAUUCAGUCUGGACGCCGUGUCUCGCCUCAUCCCCGUCUUUGACCCCUUCUCUCAGGGUGCAUUGCUCGUUCUCAAGAUCUUUGCACCCUUUGCUCUAGUUUCGGCAAACCUUGGCUUGUUGACACGUCGUCUGAGACUCAAAUCUGGCGCCCUGUUUGCACUAGUCAUAGCAAUCGGAGAUUGGUUGACAUUAAGAUUCUUUUGGAGCGUGCGUGACGAGGGCAGUUGGCUCGAGAUCGGUGAGAGUAUCAGUGUCUUUGUCAUUGCAAGUGCACUUUGCGUCUUUGUUGCUGGUCUCGAAAUGGUCAGCGAAGCCUUUGUUCGUGGCAUCGAGUUUGAUGACGAAAUUGACAAGGCUCCCUCGAGUAAUGGCAAGAUUAAUGGUGUCAAGACAGAAUAG